AUGGAUUUGGAAGGAGUCAGCCUUGUCAAGCACUAUUCACGUGCUGCUUUCAAGCGCGAUGGUAAAAUUAUGGACAAAAUGCAAAACUGCUAUCCUCAGAUGGUUGAGGUUGUGUAUUUGUGCAACUCUCCUGAUUGGAUGCAUCUUAUCUGGGCCUUAGUUAAACACAUAGUGCCUCAGCGUGUAUUGGAAAAAGUGAAGAUGAUUGCUCCACAAAAUGCAGAUGAACGCGAGCAGCUGCACAAGUACAUGUCCGAGGAUAUGAUUCCAGUGGAGAUUGGUGGCCCAAAUCAGACACCACCAUCAGACUGGUAA